GGCCCUUUCUCUUCUGCUUCCUGAGUGCUUCCAGUAAUAGAAGCUGGAGAUGCCCUGGAUUUUGAGUGCCAGCGUCCUCUGAUUCUGCGGGCCACUCCCUGGCUGCGUUCUCAGAGGCCCGUUGGAGUGUAAAGGGGAGAAGCCGGAGGAGACGAGAUACAGGGUGGGGGGUGGAGUUCCAGGUGGGGGCAAACUAUGGAAGAAGAAGGGCCAGGCGUAGCAGGUGACAGUGGGCACCACAGGGGUCAGGCAACAGGUGACCCAUCAGGAAGUGGGAGCUGGGAAGUGCAGUGGGGUGCUGUUCAGGGAUGGGGCGGACACAAGGAUGAGGGCAAGAGUGAGACAGACCCAGAACUGAGGCCGUACAGACCGGCGUUUAAGAAACGAGAUAGUUCCUUGGACGAGUGUGGGAGGAAACGAUGCUGAGGUGAACGGGCAGAGCUGUAAGGAGGGAUGAUUAUUACAGCUGUGCGAACUUCUAGGCUGUGGGUGGAAGGAGCGAGGAAGUGUUCAGGAAUCUGAGGAAGAGAAACACAGCAGAGCCACGCUUCGCUUCGGGGAGUGAGGGAUGCCGGGAACACAGGACCCACAGAGUGUGGGACCGCCUGAGUCCUCACCGGCCUGCGGCAGAGGAUGGUCCCCUUGGACAGCUGCCAGUGAAAGAACGGGUCAUGGUGGUGUCUUUCCUGAAUGUGCUGCUGCUUUUAUUGGCACUCACUGUGCACAAACCCGUGUCAUUGUCUCAUUUGUCCCUUUCCCAGGUGGGCUGAGGGAGGUUGUGUUACGUUAUUUACAAAUUGGAGAGGAGCAGAUUGGAUCUCAUUCAAGUAGCAGAGUCUGCCUUGAAGGAAACCGAUUUUUCAGACUUCUUCAUUCCUGAGUCAAGAUAGAGAGAAAUGGAAAGUUGCUUAAUUCAAAAACACCUUAUGAGUGGAAAUUUAGGAAAUGCACUGGGGCACCUGAAUGCUGGGGAUGCCUGUGAAGAGCAGCGUUGCUAUUGCGGGGUGGGGAGAGUGGUAGUGAGCGUGCGCAGGUGGCUCCGGAGAAGAGAGGAGGCCAGCAGAAAGCAAGUGGCUCGAGCGUGGACAGCAGCGGAGUGGCUGCGCUGCCGAGAAGGUGAAGCGCUUCUUCCGCCGUGUUUUUAGCCAAAGGAUGCUCUGCCCUGCCUUGAUUCCUAUGGAGACCGGCCAGCCUGUGUGGCUUCUGUGGACACUGCGUCCUGCAUCGUCUCUCCCUCCCAUCUUCACCUCCUCCCGCAGCUCGGGGUCACCCUGGGCCCAGGGGGCCUGUGAUGAAGGUGCGGAGAGAGCCCGGGGACUCAUCCUCCUGGCCUGAGCAGCCAUGGCCGGGCAACCCCUCGGCCCCACCUUUACGAGGCUCAGACCAUCACUAGAAGGCAAGUGCUGAGACGCACGGCUGAUUUGCACUUUAUUUAUAUGUGACCGACUGGGCUUUGGACAGUUUCCAUAGCAGAAAAAUAGAUUUCAUUUUCUAGGCACGACGGCUGGCAGUCAGGUGCUCGCUGCCCUGGCAGGGGACAGCCGCAUCACUGAGCGCAGCCCAGACAGGUCUCCACGGUGGAGCCCCCCAUGCCAGUGUGUGGGAGACCCCGCGUUUUCUGACUGAAGUCUGAGAAUCGUGAGGCUGUCUAGACCAGCGGAGCUCUGGAGAGCAGUGCUGAGCCCCCGAGCAGAGAGAACACAGGGGUGUGCUGAUUUAAAAACAGAAAAUGCAAAGUUGGACUGAAAAUAUCCUUAGUCUUCCAAGCAAUCUGCUUAAGAGUUCCAAACUUACCUUCGUUUGGUGAGCGAAGGAGCUGCCCUAUUUUCUCUCCUCCUUCCUUCCUCUUUUACAGCUGGAACCAGCCGUUUCCCAAGGCCACCACCAUGGAGGUCGCCAUGGUGAGUGCGGAGAGCUCAGGGUGCAACAGUCAUCUGCCUUAUGGGUAUGCGGCCCAGGCCCGGGCCCGGGAGCGUGAGCGGCUGGCCCACUCCAGGGCCGCUGCCGCUGCAGCCGUGGCGGCAGCCACCGCGGCUGUGGAAGGCAGCGGGGGCUCCGGAGGGGGGCCCCCCCACCACCACCAGGCCCGCGCGGCCUGCACCCCCCGUGACCCCCAGGGCAUUCGCGGCAGUCGGAGGAGGCGGGGGCGACAGCGGCCUGAGAAGAAGAAAGCCCACCACAGGCAGAGCAGCUUCCCUCACUGCUCGGAUCUCAUGCCCAGCGGCUCUGAGGAGAAGAUCCUGAGGGAGCUGAGCGAGGAGGAGGAGGAGGAGGAGGAGGAGGACGAGGAGGAGGAGGAGGAGGAGGGGGAGGGGGAGGAGGAGGCCAGGUUCUACUACAGCGAGCAGGACCGAGGUGACCAGUGCUCCUACACAGACCUGCUGCCCCAGGACGAAGGCGGCGGAGGCGGGUACAGCUCCGUGCGCUACAGUGACUGCUGCGAACGUGUGGUGAUCAACGUGUCCGGCCUGCGCUUCGAGACCCAGAUGAAAACCCUGGCCCAGUUUCCAGAGACUCUGCUGGGAGACCCUGAGAAGAGGACUCAGUACUUUGACCCUCUGCGCAAUGAGUAUUUUUUUGACAGGAACAGGCCCAGCUUUGAUGCCAUCUUGUACUAUUACCAGUCGGGAGGACGCCUGAAGAGGCCCGUCAACGUCCCCUUCGACAUUUUCACUGAGGAGGUGAAGUUUUACCAGCUGGGCGAGGAGGCCCUGCUCAAGUUCCGGGAGGACGAGGGGUUCGUGAGGGAGGAGGAGGACAGGGUCCUGCCUGAGAGUGAGUUCAAAAAGCAGAUCUGGCUGCUCUUCGAGUAUCCAGAGAGCUCCAGUCCCGCCAGGGGCAUCGCCAUUGUGUCCGUCCUGGUCAUCUUGAUUUCCAUCGUCAUCUUCUGCCUGGAGACCUUGCCCGAGUUCAGGGACGACAGGGACCUGGUCAUGGCACUGAGCACCGGCGCUGGCGGGCACGGUGGGUUGUUGAAUGACACCUUGGCACCCCGUCUGGAGAACUUGGGGCACACGAUCUUCAACGACCCCUUCUUCAUCGUGGAGACCGUGUGCAUCGUGUGGUUUUCCUUUGAGUUCGUGGUCCGCUGCUUUGCCUGUCCCAGCCAAGCCCUCUUCUUCAAAAACAUCAUGAACAUCAUUGACAUUGUCUCCAUCUUGCCUUACUUCAUCACCCUGGGCACGGAUCUGGCCCAGCAGCAGGAGGGCAGCAACGGGCAGCAGCAGCAGGCCAUGUCCUUCGCCAUCCUCAGGAUCAUCCGCCUGGUCCGUGUGUUCCGGAUCUUCAAGCUCUCCAGGCACUCCAAGGGCCUGCAGAUCCUGGGCCACACCCUCCGAGCCAGCAUGCGUGAGCUGGGGCUGCUCAUCUUCUUCCUCUUCAUCGGGGUCAUCCUCUUCUCCAGUGCCGUGUACUUUGCAGAGGCGGAUGAGCCCACCACCCAUUUCCAAAGCAUUCCCGACGCGUUCUGGUGGGCCGUGGUCACCAUGACAACUGUGGGCUACGGGGACAUGAAGCCCAUCACCGUGGGGGGCAAGAUUGUGGGGUCCCUGUGUGCCAUCGCGGGUGUCUUAACCAUCGCUUUGCCAGUACCAGUGAUCGUCUCCAACUUCAACUAUUUCUACCACAGAGAGACUGAAAACGAGGAGCAGACGCAGCUCACACAGAACGUUGUCAGCUGCCCGUACCUCCCUUCCAAUUUGCUGAAGAAAUUUCGGAGCUCCACUUCUUCCUCCCUGGGGGACAAAUCAGAGUAUCUAGAGAUGGAGGAAGGAGUGAAGGAGUCCUUGUGUGCGAAGGAGGAGAAGUGCCAGGGAAGGGGGGAGGAGAACGAGACAGAGAAAAACAACUGUUCCAACGCGAAGGCUGUGGAGACCGAUGUGUGAAUGACUCCCCCCACCAGCCACGGCCCCCCCAGCAUCUCCAAAUAUAUUUAUGCAUAGACAGUGCAGUUAUGAAAAUGAAAUAUGCAAAUGAGUCCAAUGCAUAAGGUAGUACGCCAUUUAAUGGUAAUACAUGGCAUAAUUGUUGCUAAACUUGGAUCACAUGUCAAAUAAAUGAAACAUCUUGGAGAAGAGGGAGGCUUAAAUAGGAGCAAAUCUAUCUUUAUAUUUUUUAUUAGAAUGCAAGAAUUUUGCACAUGAACUGGAAGAGAUGUUAAUAGUAAAGAUGGUUCCAUGGAGAGAGAGUGUAUGUGUGAGCGUGUGUGCCUGUGUGUGUAUGUGUAAGUACACUGUCAGCGUUGUUGGUAAUUGUGCAGUGACGGGAGAAGUUGGCAUUCUGAAGUAUUUACUAUGUAAGAACUAAAGAAUUUGAGCAGUCAUUUACCAGUGCUUUAAUAGCAUCUUCGAUGUCUUUGAAUUCUGUAGUUGUUUUUUAAAUGUUGUAAGAGUUAUUGUGUACAAAAAAAGAGAAAGUAAAUUAUUUAACAAUAUAGGUCACAGUUUUAUCUUGGAUUUAAUUAAAGUUUAUUUUUGACUGGAAAUCAACUUUUAAAAAGGCUACAGGGCCCUUUAGAAAUUGAUUAUAUUUUAUUAUUAAUCGUGGGAAGCAAUGACAACAAAUGCCUAACGUUGUGAAGAAAUGAAACUGGAGAAGAUGUAACAGGUGACAAGACUGGAAUCUUUUCCUUUGCACUACUUGAUAUGCUGAAGGUCGAGAGAGACUUCAUACUGUGAAUGUUUACUAAUGUAACAGUUCCGUGACGAUCAUUGGACGAGUCACUUCUUAGUCUUAUUUCCUUUGCUCUCUCCUUUUCUUUGUGUGAGACUGCUGACCACACAAGUAACAGCACACAACCCUCUCCUAUUUUGAAAUUUAACUGAAACACAAAGGGACUGUGAAGUAAAAUCGAACAGCUGAAUCUUUUGAAAUUGGUCUGUUACAGUGAUGCUUCAGAAACCAUACUAUUUUAAAUAUUCUGCCUUUUAAGUCCAGAAUAACUUAACCAAAGUUAAUGCAUGCACUGAAAGAAUUCUUGAAGAAAUAAGAUGCUCAGCAGCUACAGUGAUUAUGGCUUAAGAUCUUUUUCUAUUAAAUGUGCAACAUUAAUGCCAGAAUCAUUCAGUUUAUUUUUUGUGUCCAGCUACAGAACAGCAGAAAGUGGGGAGUCACUUCUGAUUUCAGUUCUCUUUGCUAAAGUGGAUAUAAUGAGGCAGUUUCAAAACACCUGGUUUCUACAUCACCAUCAUUGCGUCUUUAUUAAGGGACCUUAUGACACACAUAAGAGCAUUUGAUUCACUACAAGGUGUUUCACAGUGUGAGGAGAAACUGAUAAUCGCCUUGCACUACUAAUCUACAUGCAUUAGAGACCUUACUGUUUGAUUUUUUUUUUUAAGAACUUUGAUUCUUUAUGGGAUGGUUGUCCUGAUUUUGGUAAAACC